AUGUCCUCAUCAACCCAACAAAACCAAUCUCCCCAAAACGUGAAAUCCGAACCGUUGAAGCUAGCGUUGAGUUUCUCAGGGGGAGACGGAGAAAUUGUAGGAAACCCUAAUUUUCUAGAAGAUUUCAUGGGGGAGAAAUCUUCGAGUACUUCUACCAAGGCCAUCGCUGAGGGAACGGGGCAUAUCAUCAAGGGAAUCUUCACUUGUAGCAAUUCUUACUCUAAGAAGAUUCGCAAGGGAGGAGGUGUAACAACGAUUGCAAAAGAAGUUGAAGACAGAAGUGGUGACAUAUCAGAAACCGAUGGAGGUGACAACAAUAAGAAGAAUAAACUCAACACAAAUAUUCAAAGAGUUGAGAAGCUCUGGAAGGCGAGCGAAGAGAUAGGGCUCACGUCACGCCCAGUAAUCAUGCUCUUAGAAGGUGGAGAUAUGAUGAGCAGUGUGAUGGUAGCUCCGGUGGUUAAGUCGAAGUUAGGGAAAGCAUUGUUAUCCACUGCUCCAGGAGAGGUUAUCUUGGCUUCACUUGAUUCUUUUAAUAAAAUACUUGGUGCUGCUGAGGCGGCAGAAAUACAAAGUCAUUCUGCCACAUCCAUGGCUGCUUCUAGACUUGUUAGUAAGAGGUAA